UUGCUAAGUACCAAAAACGACCGCUAUAUGUCGCUACUAAAUAGCAUAUACCUUGAGUUCAGUUUUUUAAAAAUCCAAAUGUGGACUUACCUAAUGAUACCAUAAUCACUUGUUCGCUGAUCGAAUGAGAAACAGUACGUUCUUCUUUACACGUUGUUUGUUAUACACAAAGGAUUAGAGUACAAAUAUUACUUAUACAAUUCUUUUAAACCCAAGACAUUAAUUAACAAUAAUUGAAAAUGAAAUAUAUGUUAAUACUAUUUCUGCAGUUACUUUGUAUAGAUCUGAACAAUGCUAGAGAAAUUACACAUGAAGAUAUUAAAGAUGCAAUGUUAAGUUUAGUACACAUGAUGCGAGAAAAUACUGAAAAAUUAGAAAGGCAUGAGGCACGAGAACGUCAGCUGGGAGAACAAUUAAAAAAAGCAAUUACAGUAUUGACAAAACGUAUGUCAACUAUCGAUUCCUUAAAAUUACAAUUGACAAAACUUGAUGAAAAAGUAAUGGGAAUAGAACAGUUAAUCUCUCAGAGAGAUGAACGAGAAAGAAUACAAAUGCAAAAGACUGUUGAUGGUUUAGAAGAUUUAGAAAGUCGUUUAGAGGGAUGGCUUACAGAUAUUGAAAAUAAAGUAUCAGAAGUAAAUAAUAGACCAGAUACUACAUUACCUCCACUAGAUAAUCACGCUCAUAUUAUUUCAAAAUUAAAUAAUACAGAAUUAUUGUUAAUGGAGAGAAUUUCAAAAACAGAGUCGCUUUUAAAAUCUGAAGCAAUAAAAUUAAAAGAAGCCACAAAUGUUCAAUCAGGAACAACACAAGCAUUAUUGACUGAGAUCCAAGAUAUUGGUACAAGGCUUAGUGAUCUCGAAGUUUCACUGGAAAAAAUUAAAGAACAAUCACAAAACAUAAAAAAGAAAUUACAAGAACCACAAUUUGAUGCCAUCUUAAAUAUUGAUAAUUAUACAAGAAUGCUACCUUCUAUAAAGAAACAUUUAGAUGAUACUUCUGAUCAAAUUAAGGAAUUACCACAGAUUACUGAAAUGCAAACUCUACAUAAUGAAACUCAAACACUUUUGCAAGAAGCUAAGCAUACAUUAAAAGAUAUUAUUACUAAAGGACUUAAUAACAUUGAAAAUAAAUUAACAGAAAGUAAAGAUGAAACAAAAGAUAAUAUAGGAGCACUUAGAAUGGACUUGGCAAAUAAUGCUGAACAUGUAAAUCAAGAAUUAAAUGAUCUUGAAAAAGGGCAAUCUGUAAUAGUAUCAAUGGCUGAUCAUGUCCUAGAUACUAAAAGAAGAGUUGAAUAUGGUGUGCAUCAAAUUCUUCUAGAGGUAGGAGAUUUAGUGAAAGCACAAGGUACAAAUAUUAAUAAUACUCUAAAUCAAAGAUUUGAUGGCAUAUCAAAUGAUAUUAUGGACAAUCAAAAUGGAGCUUUAGCAAAUUUAACUACUAAGAUGGAACAAGAAAUGAAUCAGGUGUGGCGACAAAUAAAUGUCAUGUAUCAACAAAUGACAGAAAGUGCAAAAGCAUUAGACAAAUUACAUAAGCAAAAUGAAAAAUAUGUUAAUGGUACAACUUCUACCAUGGGUGGAAUGGAAACUAAAGUAAGCGAAAUAACAAAACGCAUGACCGAAGUUGAUGAUAAUUUAAAUUAUCUAUUGGGAAGACUCUCAUUGGUGACACAAGAAUUUAAUCAAAUUAAAACAGGAUUAGGUAAUGCACUAGAUAAUAUUAAAGCAUCAUUUAAAGAAGUUCAAGAUAAAGCAAAUGAUUUAAGACAUCCAGGACCACACCCAAUACCUGAAAAUUACAAAGAAUUUAAUGAAUCUGAUAACAAUAAACCGGAUGUUGUGAAAAUAAAAUAAAACAAUAUCAAUUUUAUAUCAAGGAUAUUUUCAUCGUUAAUGGCACAUAUCAAGUUAUGUUCAGGAUUUGUUUUCUACAUCACUAAUAUAUGUAUUAACAUUCAUGAUAAUAAUGUGUAUCAUCAUCAUAUGCUAUAUAAGUGUUUGAAAAUGUAUCAUUUUAACUUCUGUUUAAUGAUAAUGAACACAUAAUUUAAAAAUAUAAAUACAAAUGAUCUUUAUCAUUAUGUUUCAACUAUACUUUGAGCAUUGUAAUUUUUAAAUAUCAUGAUAUGUAUAACACAAACUGUUUUUAAUAUAUUAUUAUAAAUAAUUAUUAUAUAAAUAAAAUACAAAUAAUAAUUAAGAUUUACAAUAUAUUAGAGUCAUUAAAAUAUAAGAAGCCUGGAUCAAUAUAUUUUUAUACUGCCACAUUUUAUAAAUUUAUAAGAAGUUUAAUCAAAAAUAAAAAUAUGAAAGUAUGUAAAAUAAUAAAAUUGUAAAUAUAUAUAGUAUUAUGCAUAAUAAAAUAUUAAUAUAUACUUCCAUACAAAUUCCCAAGGUACAGUUUCAUACAUCUUUACCAAAGAAAUUUUUCUACUCUUAAAAUAGUAUUCCACUUUGGGUUAUUUAAGGAAAAUACAAUGAAAAUAAAGUAAAUUUGCAUGCAAAAUAUAAGUGAAAAAUAUAAAAAAUAAAAGUAAAUAUAAAGUGAGUAAAUGAUUUUUUCAUCUAUUACAUGUAUUACAGUACAUUUACCAAUAUAAGUAAUUCAUAUUUACUAUUCCAAAUUUUAAAUUUUUUAUAGAAUGCUAUAAUUUUAUUGUAUGUAACAUACACAUAGGCAUCCGCAGAUAUCUACAUAUCUACAUACUUUUAUUUAAUUAUUUAAUUUUAUAAAUCGUUUGUCACAAUUUGCAUUGAAAACAAUUUUUAAAUUUAUAUUUUAGAUACCACUUCUUAAAUAAAUAUGAUUAAAUAUUAUGCAAACAAAUUAACCCUUUCUCAAAAACAAUAUAAAUUAGCAUUUUAUGAAAAAGACAUGUACAUUGUCAUAAAACAGAUUUAAAAUAAUACUAAAACUAUAUUUGUGAGAGAUACUAAAUAGCAGAGAAUUAUUUGUAACUACUAUAUGUAAUAUAUAUAUAAUUGUAUAAUACAUAUCACUAAUCCCAUUAUAUUGUUAUCUUCUUACUAUAAUCAAAAUGUAUUAAUUGACUAUAUAUAUACAAGAAAUGAAUUCAUUGCUAAUGAUUGGUUUGUACAUUGUAAUGAAUUAAUUUUUGUUACUUUUUAUUUCUAACUGCACAUAAUGGAAAAAUUAACAUAAUAUAUUAUUUUUACAACAAUAAGGUUUCAUAUCAUCAUUCAUCUAUUUCAUAAUUGUAUUUUGUACGAAAAUUUUAAUUGUAAUUUUCACUUUUUAUAUUAAAUACAAUUUAGAAAUAUUAAUAGUACGUAUGUUGAAACUUACUAUGUUUUGAAUAUAAUGUUAUAUAAAUUGGUACUUUUAUUUCUUUAAUUCUUUGAGUAAACAACUUGGUAUAAAAAUGAGAUGUAGUAAAAUUCAACUUUGUAAAAUUGUAUUUUUUUCUUUUAUAUUAUAAUGAAACUUUUUUCAAGCUGCAUAAGAAGUCAUUGUAUUUAUUUUAUAUAAACAAUUUUAUAUAUUACUACAUUUUAGAGAUAUUAUACAAUUAUCAUAUUUGCAUUUAAACUUCAUUACAUUCGCUCAUAAUAUGGUGUUCUCACUAUACCCUUCACUUAAAAAUAUAAUUUUAUAUGUACAUUUAAUAACGUUAAAUUUAAUGUAUAAUAGUAUUUAUUAUAUACUGUAUAAUCCUAAUGUAUUAGUUUUCUAUAAUUUGUUAUUAUAGGUCCACUAUAUCCAGCUAAAUAAAAACUAAUAUUUCAUAUAUCUAGAAAAUUUUAUAAAUAUCGAAUAAUUUAAAUAUUUAGAAAACUGUGAUUAUAUCGAAUGUUGUUUAUCUCAUAAUCAAGGCAUAAAAACAUCUGAUUUUCAAUUAAAUAUGCAAAUACAAUUUUUUAUUUUUCCAAAUAUUAAGUUUAAAUUUUGAUGCUAAUUAUGCUAUUAUAAUAAUAUUAUAAAUACUAAACCUUUUUAAUUACCUUGAAACUAAUCACAAAACAGUUUGAAAAAAUGUAAAUGUAUGAAAUAUUUACACAAAAUUAUAUUAACACUUUUUGUUAACACUUUCAUUAAAUCAUCCACUAUAUAACAUUACACUGCAAAAUAUAGACAUAAUCAAAAAUUAUUCAUUAGUAAAUUAAAGAUUUAUUAUAAGUAUUUUUUUAUAUAGAUAGGAAAAUACCAAACAAAUCUUAGAACACAACUUUGCAAAUUGUACACACAAUUAUAUUAUGUCAAUGUUUUUAACAUUUUCUUUCGUAACAAUACAAAACAACUUUUCUUAGGAAAUGGGAAAUCAUACUAACUUAAUAUGUUGCACGUAUAAGUGGAAAGUAACAUUUUAUAAAUGCUGCUUAUAAUUUCUUAGUAAAAGUUUAACUUUAGUUAUAUAGUUAUUAAUUUCUUUUAUAAGACAUGUGAUAAAUAUACAGCUUAAAUUUUUUAUUUUAAAAAUUGAAACCAAUGAUUUGAAAAUGUAUAAAUUCGUCAAAUUUGUAGAUUUGUUAUAAUAACAACGAUUAUGAGAUAAUCACUAUACAUGUGUUUUACAUAAUAUUAAAAAUUUGGAUAUGUAUCAACUGAAAAGAAAUACACAUACUUUAAAACAAAUAUAUAUGCACUUCUUUAACUAUAGUUUAAGCAAUGAUUACUAUUUUGCCAGAAAAAAUAAAAGUUUAUCAGAAAAUUAAAUGAUUAUCUUCAAAUGUUAAGAUGAAAUUAAUUAUAUUUAUAUGUAUUAAUAUAUUAUAAAAUAUAUAUAUAGUGUAUUAUUGUUUACGGUAAUUAUCUUGCAAAUAUAAUAAUUUUCAAUCAUUUAAUUUAUGAAAUGAACUUGGUAGGUGAAUUGAUUAAUAGCAAAUUGCUAUGAAUUUUACAUAUUUAAUAAUUUGGAUUGUUGAGCAUAUUAACAAAAUUAGAAUUGAAUUCACAGAUGAAUUUCAAAUUUUUAAUGUUAUAUGAUGAAGUAUACCAACUCGUUCCAUAUAUUUCUUUAUGAGAAAAAAAUGUAUAACUUGCAAAAAAUUUAUCAUAAUUUUUGAUAGUUUUAUAUUUUUGAGCUGUUAAUAUGUAAGCUAUAUGAAUUGCAUUGGAUACUUCACAUUAAAGCAUAUUCAUUAAUCAUAAUGGACGACCAUUUAUACUAUAUAUGAGAAAGAUUAACAACUAACAUCGACUGCUUGCUUUACAGUACAUUAGAUACAUUAACAAGCUCCCAUGAUAAGCUUUGGUUAUUUUAGUAACAUUGUAGGUAAUUUUUAUUACAACUCUUUGCAGUGCUACAUUUCUAGAUGACAUUUUAUGUUUUAAUUAGAUUAUUUAAGUUUCUAGAAUAUUUUAUCAGUAAAUACCUAACAAUGUAGUAAGUCUAAAUCAUUAUUUGCAUAGUUUGAUGAUUCUCUUAACUGUCUACUUUCAUACUGACUUGUUGCCCACAUGUUGUUACUAUUAAUAUAACUUAUGUGGAUAUCUCUAGCAGAAAUAUAUUAGCACAGCAAAGAAGUGUUGAUUGUAACCUAUAUACACCCCCAAAUGCAUUGGAAACGUCAUUAAAAAUGCCUACCCUAUGAUAAGCAGUGAGUUAGAAAGUUAUAACAUAUUGCACAUACUCAAGCUGAGAUUUUCUUACAUAUGAUAAAAAGUGAUGUAAGGUCUCAGCUGAGCAAUUAUUAAUGCCAUUUUCUUUAUUAAUCUUUUUUUUU